GAGAGAGCGAGAGAGAGAGAGAGAGCGAGAGACCGGCAAAAGUGGGUCUUCAAAGUAGAAAGAGAAAAAUAAAAAAAUGGGUUAGGGUUACGUGUAGGUAAAGGAGGGGUUAAGGUUUUUUGUUGUUUGAGUUAAGAAGUUACUUGCUAGAAAAGAUAGUUUUGAGAAAAAAAGUGUUAGAAAAAAUUAGGCGGGGCUAAAGUGCUUAGGAAGUCCAUUUUGAGGUUAUGUAAAUUUUCCUUCUUUUUUUUUUUCUUUGUUCUUUUGUAAUUUAGAUGACGCAAACCCUAAAAAUGGCGGGAAAUUAGAAGCCCUGUUCUCCCCUGUCGAAUAUCUGAAAAAUAAAAAAAGGAUCACUUUGCUCCCCGACUCUAUAAACUAUUUAUAAUCAACCAUCACAAAGUGGACUUCCACUCUGAGGAUAGGUGAGUGUCAAUUAAUAAAUCCUUGCGUUCUCAAUAUUGAACCAGAGAAAACCUACCCCAGAAAAAGAAGAAGAUGGAGAUCAUGGCAAUCUAUCAACAUAAACAACUGAAAUCCCUAUUCGAAAAACCUAAGAAUUCACAUUCAUGGAUUCCAAGUUUCAAAACCAGAGGAAUUCUGCUAAGGUCAUGGCUGAAGAUGAAGCAGUUAGGGUACCAGGUGGCCCUAGAAGAAAAGGGGCCAGUGGUCCUAAGCCAUGGAUGGUUAUCACAGUUUCUGGUCGGUCUUACCUUGAAGAAGCAGGAAAGCAUUCGAUCAUGAGACGAACAGGUUUACCUGCUCGUGAUCUUCGAGUUCUUGAUCCUGCUCUCUCCUAUCCUUCUGCGAUUUUAGGGAGAGAAAGAGCAAUCAUGAUCAAUCUUGAGCAUAUUAAAGCGAUUAUAACAGCAGUUGAGGUUCUGGUUUUGAAUUCAAAUGAUCCUUUGGUUGCUACAUUUGUGCAAGACCUUCAAAAUAGAAUUCCAGAUUCUAGUGGAAGUGCGAGAAAGGGUAUGGAGAAUGGUUCUGCUGAUGCAAAUAGCGUGGACAAGUCUUUGCCACAGUCCCCCCAUUCUGCAGUGACAAGCCCUUUUGGCACAAUGGUUUCUUCAUUAGUAGCGAUUGUAGCAGAAAAAUCAUUUAGCGGUGCUUCUAAGGUGUUACCUUUUGAGUUUAUUGCACUCGAGGUUUGUCUUGAAUCUGCUUGUCGGUGCCUUGAAUUUGAGGCUUCUACAUUGGAACACGAAGCAUAUCCUGCUUUGGAUGAUUUGACAUCAAAAAUCAGCACUCUAAAUCUCGAGCAUGUUAGACAGAUCAAGAGUCGUCUAGUUGCUAUAUCCGGGCGUGUCCAAAAGGUUAGGGAUGAACUUGAACAUUUAUUGGAUGAUGAUGCUGACAUGGCCAAGAUGUAUUUGACAGAUAAGCUUGUUCACCAAUCUGUCGAUGAGAUCUCUUUGGUAGAUGAAAUGGAGCAAGAUGAAGAUGAAAUUUGUUCAGAUGAAGGAAGGAACUCCGAUCAGUUGGAAGUCGAUGCUACAAACCGCAGUUGCUUUGUCUAUGACUGAAGCAGAAUACAUGGCAGUUACGAUGCAGUAAAAGAAGCUAUAUGGCAUAGAGGGCUUGUAAGCGAUUUGGGCUUACGACAAGAUGGGACUAUUAUUUAUUGUGAUAGUCAAAGUGCAAUACAUUUUGCGAAGAACUAGGUAUAUCAUGCAAGGAUGAAGCAUAUUGAUGUCAGGUACCAUUUUAUCAAUGAGAUAAUAGCUGAAGGUAAUAUCUUAUUACUAAAGAUUAACAUAAAGAAGAAUGUUGCAGAUAUACUGACAAAGUUGGUUUCAUUACAGAAGUUCAAGCUAUGUUUGGACUUAACUAAUGUGUUUCCAAGGUGAGUGCCUAUGGGGGCACGUGUGGGUCGAUAGGAAUCUCUUUUGGAAUUCAACCCAAGGUGGAGAUUUGUUAUGAUAUGUCUCGAACCCCUAAUUUUAAGGGAUUGUUUUCUUUAUCUUUUUAAGUGUCCUAUUUUUUUGGGUUUUCCUAUUUAAUUGGGUAGUGCCUAUUAUUUAGGAUUUAUGGGUAAGUCCAUGUAGGUUAGGAUAAACAUAUGGGUCUACAAGUUGAAAAGGAUAAAAUUAGAAGUCCAUAAAGAUUAGGAAAAGUUGUGGAGGCCAUCACAUACUGGGGAUCUUUCUUUUCUCCAUUUAAGUUGCUUUUGUAGAGAGAGAAAGUGCCAAAAAAUUAGAAAAACUCUUGGGUUAUUUUGUAGAGAGAGAAGAUGACUUGGUGGGAGAUUGAGUUUUGUGUCAUUGGUUCUCUCAAAUAAGUGCCUUAUAAUUUUUUUUCUUUGAUUUAAUAGAAAAUAUUGAUCAUCUUCGCCUGUGGAUGUAGUCACAUCUGUGAUAAACCACGUAAAUUCUGGUAUUCUCUUUUUCUAUUAUUUAUUUCCAACCUUAUCUUUCUUGCUUUGUGCUUGCCUGUUGCCGGUUCUUUUUUUCUUGUAUUUUUUAGAGCUGGGUGGACAAAGUAGAGAUGUGCAUCUAGAGUUUUAUGUGUUUGCCACAUACCAAUGAAACUGAGGGGAAAAUUAUAUAAGACAGCUGUAAGGCCUGUCAUGCUUUAUGGGAUGAAAUAUUAGGCAGUCAAGAAACAACAUACCAUAGGAUGAAUGUAGUUGAGAUGAGGAUG